GUUUAGGUGCGUUGGACAAGCUCGCACUACGCUCAGUGUGAUGCAUAGGAACGACUUGAUAAACACGUUUGUUAUAAAUUAUUGUAAAUAUACAAUUUUAUGACCCAGUGUUAGUGAUUUUUCUUCGGACUUUGUGAAAUUUUAACGGCUGUGGUCGUUAUAUUUUAUGUUGUAAAAUAAAAGUGAUAAACUUUAUCAUAUAUUAAAAAUAGAUAUUUAUUCCAUAAACAUGCUGAAAUUAUCCCUUCAAGAAGUAAUGAAGAUCGGAUUUAUCGGGGGUGGAAGGCUAGCCUUCGCCUUAGCAAAUGGAUUCAUAUCAGCUGGUUUAGCAAAACCCGAUGAAAUCACCGCCAGUGUCCACCCUGCUGAUGUGACUAGUGCUGAGGCAUUUAAGGGUCUUGGAGCAACAGCAGUAACUGACAACAAGCCAGUAGUAGAACGGUCUGAUGUGGUGAUCGUCUCUGUGAAACCAGACGUGGUGGGCAAAGCCUUAAAGGAAGUCAAGGACCUGAAGGCCUCAAACAACAAACUUUUCAUAUCUGUUGCUAUGGGGGUAUCUACUGCCAGUAUAGAAAAGGUCCUUCCACCAACAGCGCGAGUGAUUCGCGUCAUGCCAAAUACUCCAGCGUUGGUCAAAGAAGGUGCUGCAGCUCUAUGCCGGGGCUCUAUCACUACCGAUGAAGAUGUUAAACUGGCUAGGAAACUGUUCCAAGCUGUGGGCACUUGUGAUGAAGUACCAGAAUACCAGAUGGAUGCUGUUACAGCCCUUAGUGGUAGCGGACCAGCUUAUGUGUACAUGCUAAUAGAAUCUCUAGCUGAUGGUGGAGUAAGGUGUGGCUUACCACGUGACCUGGCGUUAAGAUUGGCUACUCAGACGACCCUGGGCUCAGCAACCAUGCUCAAGAGUGGAGGACACCCAGCUGCCAUGAAAGACAAUGUGACAAGCCCAGCAGGAUCUACAGCUGAAGGCACUUAUCAUUUGGAAAAGAACGGGUUCCGAGCAGCUGUAAUUGGUGCUGUAAAGGCGGCUGAAGAAAGAUGUAAAGAAGUUAAUAAACAAUUGUCACUGUCAAUUAAUUAAUUCGUUAUUUUACUGAAUGUAAUAUAUUACUUAUAAAUAAAUAUAAUCUAAUUCAUUUAUCUACA